AUGGACGGUUUCCGUAAUGGUACGGUGGGCCAGAGACCUGUAGGAAGGAUGAAAGUUGGCGUGCGAAAUUGGCAGAAUGCCACUUUGCCCGAUUUGGUGAACUUUGUAUCGAGAAACACAGGGAUUGCAUUGCUGGACCCGAUCGUAGAGGGCCCACUCGUGAUAGGGUACGUUGCGACGCCAAUGCAGGCGGACCAACUGGUGCGAUGGAGCGGUGUGAAUUUUGCUGGUGGGAAUCUGGUGUUUGAGGCGAUGGGAGCGGACACCGCGAACACGUCACACACGAUAGAGUUUCUGCGCAGCGUAGUGCUGAAACGGUACGACCCGACGACGAGACUGCUCAACUUGGGUGACCUGUACAGCGACCCGGACUUGCAGCAGAAGGGGAUGCUCUCCAGUGUCUCGACGCGGUCGAGGACAAUUCCUGCAUUGGUCAAGAUAGCCUCCCAGGACCCCGCAGUGGUUGUCGAGAGUAUAAACCUGGCAGGUAACAGACUGAAGGAUUUGGCCUGUUUGGAGUCGCUGCCGGAAAUGUUGCCCCGUUUGAAGAACCUGUGUCUGGCGAAUAACCUGCUGGCCUCCACGGGGCUGUUCGAGUUUUGGCGGCGCAAGUUCAGGGACUUGUCGGAACUGCUGAUGGUGAACAACCCGGUGACGAAGUACCGCGGGUACAAAUCCGACAUGCUCGCCAUAUUCCCCAAACUGGUGAUAUUGGACAGCGUAGUCGUUAGAGACGCCACCAAAGUGGAGGCCGUGUACAAGUUCCCCUUCCCACCAGCACAGUUCUUCUUUGAGGACAACCAACUGGGACCAACCAUCACAGACUUUGUCACCAACUUCCUCAACUGCUGGGACAGUGAUAGGAAUCAGCUUAUGGGGCUCUACAUGGAGCAAUCCCAGUUCUCUUUGUGUCUGGACUCCUCGGCAGUUGGUCGGAACGUCUCAGGAGCGGAUCAGAGCCCACCUUUUGGUCAUUACUUGACCCAAUCGAGAAAUACACUCAAAGUUAGCAGUGCGAAGACCUUGGAACAGAGACUAGGGUUUGGCCAGUCGCAGAUCAGUACAAUCUUUAGAUAUCUGCCCCGCUCAAGGCACCAUUUGUUGGAGCAACCGACAGAAUACAAAAUGGAAUCCUUCUCGUUCCCACAGGUCAACGGGUUUGUGGUCUGUCUACAUGGAUACUUUGAGGAGACGGAAGCACCAGAACUGAAACAGGAAAGCAGUCCAGCUAAACCAGGAAUGAGAACGAGAAGGUACGCUAACAACUUCAAUUCGAAUACGAAGACUAAACUAAGUAAAAAGAGCUUUGAUAGAGUAUGGACGAUUGUACCAGUAUCCAACGGCGGAUUGGUGAUAGCAUCGGAACUCCUUACCGUGAGGGCGUACGCGCCGAACGCGUGGUCGAUACCCCUGUCGCAGUCGAAGGACAGCUCUCUACUCACCUCUCCUCCCGCAGGGUAUCAACCGCUUCCGUCGAUAAGCGCCUCGGCAUCACCGGGGAUUCCGCCGCCAAUGUCUGCUGGAACACCCAUUACACCAACGGCAGCAGGCGGUGCAAUGUCGCCCCCGACGGCAGUCGGAACAAGUAUGUCAACAUUCCAAAUCCCACCAGAUGUCCAAGCUCGUCUGAAUCCAAUGCAAUUGGACACAUUGGCGAAGAUCCACCAAUUAACAAAGCUGAACGCAGAGUAUACGUUCAUGCUGGCAGAGCAAAGUGGCUGGAAUUUGGAGGUCGCGAUGACGAAUUUCCAGAAUAGUGCGGCCACACUACCGGCAAAUGCGUUUACCUGA